UUAUCCAUCACCUUUGUUUCAUUUCUGUAUGAUUUUUUUCUUCCUUCUCUAGUUCUUUCUCAUACUAUGAAACAAAAUAUUUCCAUAAAAGUCAGUUUGAAUUAGGGAUUUUAUUAAUUGUCGUUCAAAAGGAUCAACUUUGCUCAGAUUCUUAAGCAGGGUGAUGCUAAACAAGAGCAUACAGUGAUCGAGAUGGGCAACAUGGACAAAGAGACUCAACAGUUUUAUGCCAACUCACUUUUCCCCCGUGAAAUGCAGUCUCUUACUGCCAUUUGUGACACCUUUUUGCCAUCCAUCACUGUCUCCUCCAGCACCAAGGUAGACGAGAAUGUUGCCACUUUCUUUCAGGCUUCGGCUUCCAUGGCUAGUACCCCAGAAUGUGUAGGAGGGCUAUUCUGUGAGAGGGUAAAACAUCCAAGGAAAUGGUUGAUGAGAGUGACAUUAUGGUUCCUAUCCACAUCUAUUGGAAGCCUGAUACUCUGUGGAAGAUUCUGUCUUUCAACCAACUUUCCCUAUGUUCAUAGCUUCCCUCAGCUGUCUCAACAUCAAAGGGAAGCUAUCCUGCUUUCAUGGUCUCUUAGUUAUUUCCAUCUCCUCAGAACUUUCUACAAUGCAAUCAAGAUUUUCAUUCUUUUUGUCUUCUUCACUCAGGUAGAUGAGAAGAAUGAGAAUCUGUCAUGGAAAGCAAUUGGCUAUAGUGGACCAGACCCCAAAUUCAAGACACAAACUAAGCAAACAAGAAAAUUAAAACAAUCAGAAGGAGAAAGGGAAGAAGAAAUCCAAGAAAAUGUUGAUGAAGAAAUGCUUUAUGGAUCACUUUAUAAAGGACUUAUAAGUAUGCAGCUUCCAAUAGACAGAGCUGCCAAUAGUUUGAGGGAAGUUGGUUUCCCUGUCUCUAUCAGGCGCAAAAAUGUUAAUGCAGCAAGCAGCAUAAGCAACCCUUCUUUUGUAGUAAAAUGUGAUGCAGUAGUUGUUGGUUCAGGCUCAGGUGGUGGUGUAAUUGCUGGUGUUCUUGCAAAAGCUGGUUACAAAGUGCUUGUUUUAGAGAAAGGAAACUAUUGUGCUCGAACCAAUCUUUCACUUCUUGAAGGUCCUACAUUGGACCAGAUGUACUUAAGUGGUGGUUUGCUUGUCACUGAAGAUGCAGGAAUGGUACUACUUGCAGGCUCUACUGUUGGUGGAGGCUCUACAAUCAAUUGGUCAGCUUCAAUUCAGACUCCACAACAUGUGGUUAAUGACUGGAGUGACCGGCUGGAAUUGGAGUUAUUUGAGAGUAAACUGUAUACGGAUGCAAUUGAUGUAGUGUGUGAGAAAAUGGGAGUUCAAUUGGAAGUUGUUGAAGAAGGAUUCAAUAAUGCUGUUUUAAGAAGAGGGUGCGAGGAAUUGGGUUAUCCAGUACAAAAUAUACCACGAAAUUCACCACCAGAUCAUUAUUGUGGUUGGUGCUGUUUUGGUUGCAAGGAUGGAAGAAAGAAGGGUACAUCAGAGACAUGGCUUGUGGACUUGGUGAAUUCUGGUAAUGGUGCCAUUCUACCCGGAUGUGAGGCAAUAAAAGUUCUAUACAAGAGAAAGAAAGGACGAGAUCGCAAUAGGGCAAGUGGAGUGGCUUUUGAAUUUGAUUACAAAGGAGUAAAAGACAUCUGCAUAGUUGAAUCUAAAGUGACUAUUGUGGCAUGUGGUGCCCUGAGUACCCCACCUCUGUUAAAAAGAAGUGGCUUGAAGAAUGCUAAUAUUGGCAAAAACCUGCAUCUUCACCCUGUGACAAUGGCAUGGGGCUACUUUCCAGAUACACCUAAUGGAUGGCCAGAGAAAGAGAAGAAGAGCUAUGAAGGAGGAAUAUUGACAGCUAUGUCUAUUGUUGCUGCUAAUUUUGACAAGUCAGGAUAUGGAGCACUGAUUCAAACACCUUCAUUACAUCCUGGAAUGUUCUCAAGUUUGGUGCCAUGGACUUCGGGUGAAGACAUGAAAGUGCAGAUGUGCAAGUUCGCCAGGACAGCGCAUAUAUUUGCGUUGGCGAGGGAUAAAGGAUCAGGCAUAGUGAAUUCACCUAACUCAAUAAGUUAUCGAAUCAAUGCCACUGAUGAAGAAAAUCUGCAGGGAGGACUAGAAAAAAUGCUAAGGAUAUUGGCUGCAGCUGGAGCAGAAGAAAUAGGAACACAUCAUCCUAAGGGGAAGAAACUAAAUGUGAAGCACGUGAGUGCAGUUGAGUUUGAAAGGUUUGUGAAAGAAGAAAGUUCCAGACCAUUGAGAGACUUAUCGACACUGCUAUGUUCAGCUCAUCAGAUGGGCAGUUGCAGGAUGGGAAUUGACCCAAAAACAUCAGUAGUGAACCAAAUGGGGGAGACAUGGGAGGUAGAAGGACUUUAUGUGGCAGACACAAGUGUGUUUCCAACUGCAUUAGGUGUGAAUCCUAUGGUCACUGUUCAGGCUAUUGCUUACUGCACUGCACAAUCUGUACUUGAAGUUCUUAGAAGGAAAAGAGUUGGUACUGAUUGCCUGUUACAACAAGAAUAAAUUUACUGUAAUCCUCUUCUCUAAGAGACUAUCUACUUUAUGGAUUUACGGGUCCUGUCAGCCUCUAAA